AUGUGGUCUGUGUCAACUUUAACGUUCAAGAAAAUACCUAUUAUUGACGAGGCGGAUAUUCUUAUACAUUACGCCCCACGUUCCCACAAUAACCACUGGAAGUGUAUGAAAGGAGGUUGUCAGUUCCCUUUUGAAAGUCCCGGAGUAAGAUUGGCUCAUGCAUAUUUUCCUAUAAUCAAUGAUAAGUGUAGAGAAAUUCAUUUGGAUUUGGAGGAACGGUGGUAUGAAUGUUUAGAGCCGGGCCCUGCUGGUACAGUAGCUUUACUUCCUGUUCUUAUGCAUGAAAUCGGAUACACUUUAGGCUUGUCGCAUACUACCGACGUUAAUGCUAUAAUGUAUGCCUGGUUCAAAACGGUCUAUUCUCUUGGAGAAGACGAUGUACAUGGCAUUCAAUUUUUAUAUGGCGCUCCGUUAAGUACUACUACGCAUACCCCGACCACCUCAAUACUAAAAGUGGAGUCAAUAAACCCCCCUACAACAACAAGUCCGUCACCUAGAUUGUGUGACGUUAAGAAACCUGGAAAAAUGUUGAUAACAUCUAAUCACCAUUUUUAUAUUUUCAACGGGGAGGUAUUAUGGGUCGUUGAGUUAAAAAACUAUAGCUAUGGACCAGCAGUUAGAAUCUCGUCAUAUACGGUUAUAACACCUAUCGAUUUUAUUUAUCAAAGGCCAAACGAGGAGUUUGUCGUUAUUUCGGGUGUUUAUUACUAUAUAGUAGAGUUUCCCAGCUUCCGCAUCAAACAUGGAUACAAAAAGAUCCCCCUAACAUCGUUAGGGCUAAAAGACGUUGUUAAGGUACACGAUAACCCUCCAGAGGUCUAUGACCUCUUACAUAGAUCGGUGCAUGGUAUAUGCAGCGUCUCGUUCACCGCUACUAUCAGGAUGUGUCUGCCACUAAUUACUGUUAGGUACCCUAAAGAGCCUUGA